AUGAAAAAUCUCAUUUAUCACGUGGUGGUGCUUGUUCGACCAGUGCUUCGUGAUGCACCACCAAGUAAUGAGCAGAAAAUUCCCCAAAGGACAUUCCUGACACCAUACGACGAAAAAGAUACAGAGAAUAAAGUGAAAACAGCCAUGGAAGGCAAAUUGUGGAAGACAAUAAAUAACUUAUAUGAAAUGCAAAGAGUCAUUUGUGAAUACAUGCUGAAUGACACAGUGCUACUUCAAGAACUGAAAAGCUUUGACUUGAUAGUUUAUGAGAGUUUUUCCUUCUGUGCUGUUUUGGUCUCUGAGCUUCUUGGCAUUCCAAAAGUAAUCGUAUUUUCUGGUCCUCCAAAUGGUCCAGGAACUUUUGCCCAUAAUAUUCCCCACCCAGUAUCAUAUAUUCCAGCACCAAUGACUUUAUUUACAAGUGAAAUGACGUUUUUACAGCGUCUUGUGAACUUUGGAGCAUACAACUUCAUACAGUCUGCAGAACAAGUUUUAAUUGCCAGAUAUAUGGGUUCUCUGAAAGAGGAAUACAACAUCACUCCUGGGAAGAGCUACCAAGAAGCUGCUGGCACUGCUGAGCUGGUGCUGUUUCUUGCUGAUUUUGCACUGGAGUAUCCACAGCCUCUUUUGCCAGGUCAAAUUAUGGUGGGAGCCAUUUCUGCAAAAGCAGAUCCUGAAACACUCCCCCCUGAAUUAAAAGAUUUUAUUGACAGUGCAGGGGGGCAUGGGUUUGUCAUUGCCUCUUUUGGGUCAUAUGCGCAAACAAUCAUAGCUAAGGAGAAGAUCGAUGUCUUGGCUGAAGCUUUUGGAAAGGUGAAGCAGAAAGUCAUAUGGAAACUGAAAGGCUACAUACCCUCAUCUCUCAAGCAAAACAUAAGAGUAAUGAGCUGGAUACCUCAGAGUGAUCUGUUGGCUCACAAGGAUAUCAAAGCUUUUGUAUCUCAUGUGGGACACAACAGCCUUUAUGAGUCAGCAUAUCAUGGGGUGCCUGUAGUGGCUGUGCCCUUGUGUACAGACCAAUUUUCUAAUGCCAGGAAGGCAGAACACUUUGGACUAGCAAAAGUUUUAGAUCACAAAACCAUGAAUGCAGAAGAACUUUCAGAGGCAAUUCAGCAUGUUAUUGAUGAACCAAG